AUGUCAGUGACGAGCAACGCGGCACGUAACGGUUUGAACGACACUCUUCCACCUAUACAUUCACCGUCUAGUCCCCUGGUUCAUGGCCUCGCCCAGUUAACUGCCACCCACCAUCGCCACCCUGUUAUAAUCGACGGGAUGCGUGACGGUCCACCGCCCUUUAAUGACGGCUUUCGCGAGUCACGGCUGCUUCUGCCGGCGUUGAUCGAGGAGCAACUCGCGGAUCAGUACCAUGAGAUACAGGGCUUGCUUCUCGAUAACCAGGGGUUGACGGCUACUCACGUCACGCUAGAGCAAGAACUUGCUGCCGUCCAUCACGAGCUCCAUCGCGUCUCCCACGCCGCUGGGUCUAUGCAGGCUGAGAGGGAUGCUGAGUUUCGGGAGGUUUAUGACAAUUCCAUGAAGAUGAAUGCAGAACUUAGUGCUGCUGAUGCGAUGAGGGCUGAGCUCAUGCAUGUUCAGGGUGAAAUAGAAAAGUUGAAUGUAGAACGGAAGGAUCUUACAGCCAAAGUUCAGAUGCUUACCCAAGACAUGGAGAGGGCCUCUGCCGAAUUGCAGCGGGCUUUGGCAAUUAAAGCUGAAAUUGAAGCCAUGAAGCAGGAAGUGCAGCGUACUAGGGAUGCUAUAAAGUACGAAAAGAAGGAAUAUGCUGAUAAUUAUGAGCAAGGUUAA